CACACAUAUUUUGACUAAUAAGAUGUAAAAGUUAGCUAGUUGUUGACAGAGACACUUCACUUUACCCGUCCUCACCACAGAAAUGAGUGUUCAAGUGAAUUUGAAAGGAUAGUCAUCUCACGUCCUGGCCAAUGUUUACAAACCAGAGAAUCUGAAAAUGACAACAAGGUCAUCAGAGAACGCUCUUGCUGCCAUCACCUUCCCCAAAUCCAAAUUGUCCUUAUGGGACACCACACCUAAUGGGGAUGUGAUUAGCCUCCACCUAUCCUAUUACAGAAAUCCCAGACUACUUCUGGUGGAGAAAGUUCUUCGUUUGGCCCACCGGCAUUCCCGAGAGAAUAACAAGCCCCAGUUCAGCUGUUACUUGUUGGGGACUAUUGCUGUGGAUUCUGAUGAAGAGGGUGUGACUUUGACUUUGGACCGGUUCGACCUGGGCCGGGAGCAACCCGGCUCCUCUGAAAAGGUCCCCACUGCCCUGAUGCCCGGGGACCUCCUGGUGCUGUGCGUGUUUGGAACCCAGGGGGUUGCUGCCACAGACACCAUGGUUCACUCUGCAGAAGAGUUCCACAUCUCUUUCAAGAUGCUCCAGCACUGCUGCAGCACCCGGGAGUCCCUGGACCUGUCCAAGCUGCUGGUCCUGCGAGCACACCUUGGCUGCUCCCAGCAAACAGACAGCCUGGGCUUCUGCCUGCGCUGGGCCGCCGUCACCCCUGGUAACACACUGGACGCUGUGCCCAUUCGGCCCGUGCUCAUCAUCCCCACAGCCUUGGCCAGGAACCUGAGUGGACCGACCAGCCUCACCCAGCCGCUACACAGCAGCGCUAGCCACAAAUGAGGCUUUCUGACCAUGGAUCAAAGCAGGAAACUGCUCCUAAUACUGGAGUCUGACCCACAGGCCAAAACUCUACCACUGGUGGGACUAUGGCUGAGUGGGGUCAACCACAUCUCCAACCCCCAGGUGUGGGCAUGGUGUUUGAGGUACCUGUUCAGCUCCUCCCUCCAGGACAAGGUGACGUCAGAGGGCGGUGCGUUCCUGGUGGUGCUGUACUCGCUGACCCACAGGGAGCCAGAGUUCUACCAGGUCCAGACCUGCAGUGGUCAGCAGCAGGACAUGACCUUCCAACUGCUCACUAGCACCGAGUCACUCACCUUCUACAAGAAUGUGGAGGUGUCUGAGGGCCAUACUCUGCAGUUUGAGCUCAGUGCUGAGAGCCAGAACACAGAGGCUGAGUUCUUCAGGGAACUGGUGUCCCGUGCCUCCUUCACAAGCCCUGCGGUAGUGGCAGCCUCUCCUCAGAACAGACUGUCUAUCAACGACUAUGACUCUGGAGUAGAGGACGAGGACCUCUCCCCCAGGCCCUCCCCAAACCCCCACCCUCUCACCCAGCAGACCAAGCGGGUCCACCAUUCUGUGCCGGAGCUCUCCCUGGUGAUGGACGGCAGCUUCCUUGAUGGAAAGACCAUGGGCCCCCCUCAUCCUCCCCCCUCAGCUCUGCUGCCCAGAGGUGGUUGCCCCCCCUCCCACCAGCUCCACCCUGGGGCAACCAGACGCCCAGGCCAGGGACCCACCACACUCAGUGGUCCCCCACCCAUCAGAAGGCCCCUGACCCCCGCCAUGGACACUCAUGGUAAGGGCAGCAGAGGAUUCCUAUUCACCCCUGGGCAGCAGCCACCACCACUCCGGCCCCCUUCCUCUGGCAGGAAAUCAACCCCUCCACAGUUCGGGAAGACGUCCGCCUCUUCCUCCUCCUCAUCUUCCUCCUCUUCUCCAAAGACAGGCUUCUCUCCUAAUGGAUCAGUCCACCAGGCCAGGCAGUUCCACCAAGCACCAGGUCCCCUCUCUCACAAGUGGGCCUCCCCCGUCGGAGCCCCUCCACACCAGAGCCCCGGUCACCCCUCAGCCCCCAUGCCCACUCACCAACAGCCCGCUGUCCAUCUCAAACACUUCCACAGCACCCACAACAUGAACCAGCCUUGUGGGUGCUGCUCCUUCAACCCACAUGAGCAUGUUACCCCCCUGUACCACCCCAACUACUGGCAGGGAGCUUCAGGCACCCACAACAGCCCAGUUAGGCACCUCUGUUCCAACUCCGAUGGUAACCCCCCCACCUCUCACAUUUUCCCUUCCCACCAAACACACCCUCACCACAGCCCAUUGUGCCACCCCGGGGGCCCACACUUACACCAUUUCACCGCCCAGGGACCCUGCUUGGAGCGGCCGGCCCCUGUCUGUCAGAACCAGUGUUGCCAGGCCCAGUCGGCAAAGUCUCUCUCCCCCCUGGAUGGGCCCAUGGGCCUCCUGCCCUCUGACGCCUACAGAAUCCUGGUGGACCAAGACCGGCAGCUCAACUUACUGCAGGCACAGAUCCAGAAGCUACUGGCGGCUCAGGGGAAAGGGGGGAGCAGCUCCUCUCCAUCCACUGAGCAGGCAGCCAUGCAGACACAGAUCUCCCCAGGACAACACACCAGGAGGAAUGCCAGCAUUGCUGUAGAAACAGGUGCCAGUUUGUUCUGGGGAAACCCCAUCGAUGCCCCCGCUUGCGAUGAGGACAAGCGCCAACAGCCAGAGUGGCACACGGACAGGGGGCUUGGCGCCCCCGAUGGCAGCAGGUCCUCCUCUGGUCGGAGUUCUGGCAGUGCCAGCUUCACCCACAGCAGGCACAUGAAUUGCACGGAAGAAGAGUGUGGGGGCAGUGAGGGACAUGUGAAAGGCACACCCUUCAACCAGUCAAUGCACCAGAGCAUAUACUUGUUAAUUAUGAAACGUACACCCCCACCCUUCUUCUUACCGGAGAGAUGUUUAUUCCUGUCGGCGCGAUGCACUGAAAAUCCCAUUGGCUGUAUGGACUCCGACAGCAUAUCCCCAGCUAGCCAUGUUUCCAUGAAACUUUGGAAAGAAACUCUUUCCCUGAAUUUGUCGACUUUGUUAACUAGGGACUGGACAUUAGCGAGUAAAAUACUCGGGAGUGGUGGGUGGUGUGUGCGCAUCCGAAGCCUCACUAGAAGACCGCUCCUGCACUCUCUCCUCCAGCGGCGUUGUUUUGGGUCGGCCUCUGGAAUCAGUUCAAAUGCCCUGGGAGGUGCAGACAAAGGAUCCGCUUUGAGAAAGUCGAAUUCCUGGUCGUUGUGCUGGAUUCAGUCAUCGUUUGGAGACGGUUCCUUCCAGAGCCCUGUGUUGGGGGAGAGUGCAAGCAUGUACUACCAGUCCCAGUCUCCACAGAGGGACAGCACCAAGAGUCAGGAGCCCAGAGUAGUGGAGGAUGAUCAGAGGUUUUAUCAAGACCUACUGGGCCAAGUGAACAGCCGUCUCCAGGGUACAGUGAACGAGGAGGGCGAAGAUGAGGAGGAACAGGACAGACGGACCUCAUACCCACGGCAGGAGAAACGCACCUUGUCCCUCUGUCAGUCCCAGCAGUCAUACCCUAGCCCUGUUCCCCUCUGCUCCCGUAGGCCGGAGCCCAGAGAGCAGCCGCCAGGAGGGAAGGAUCAGGUGCUCCACGCCACACUGCGCCAGCUGCGGCAGCUAGGGGUCAAUGUGGAUCUAGACUCUGCCGUCUCGAGGGGCAAGGUCACACGCAGCUCAAUGGAGAGUGCCAGUACCCUGGCCGGCAUCAACCCAGAGGCAGUCAUCAGCAGACUGACCCUCCUGGAGUCCACGGGAAGCAGCAUGCGGGGCCCCAGUGGCAGCGUGGACCUCAGCCUGGAGGACAACGCCAUCGCCCUCCGGUACCUCAGCGACCAGCAGCUCUCUAGACUUUCUGUGGGGGAAGGGCAACAGCCCCCUAGGUUCAGCCCCUACACACCGCUCUCAGAGAAGCCUGGAGCGGCGAAGAGCACUGUGGGACUCAGUUGUAUCCUGUCUCCCAACAACAUGUCCUUCGCCACCAGCAAGUACAUGAGAAGGUACGGGCUUAUAGAGGAGGGGAGUAGGAGUGAGGAGGACGACAGGGCCGAGGGGGAGCAGUUGGAGAUGGGAUAUACCAUACAGUUCCAUGUUCAACAGGAACAAGUAGGGCAGGGAGAGAGGGAGCGCAAAGGUUUGGUUCUGAAAAACAUCACCAAUGAGUUGCCACAUUCCAAAUCUGUCCACCCGCAGGGGCCACACGCAGACUCUCAAAGCCAGCUACUCAGGCACUUGCGUCCUAAAAUGCAGCUUUUGGCAUGCGGCGCCAAACAACAUUCGGACAAGGAGAAUGGUGCAAAACGGCUGCCAUCUUUAGGUGAAAUACAAAGGGAGUGUCCUCAACCAGAGGGGUCGAUGGGAAAUUUCUUGAACCUGAGUAGACUUAGACAGCUGCCGAAACUCUUCUAAAGGACCACGGGAACUAAUGCAAAGGAAACUCGAAAUGUAUUGUCGAAUCCAUUGCGAUUUGUCAGUGUGGUUGUGUUCUUAGUAAGAUAUUUUUAAAUGCUUCCAUACAUUUGUUUACAGAUUGUUUUGAAUGCCUCUUUAUUGGAAUCUUCAUGGUGCUCAUUGAUUGUAAUGUGUACAUUUGUGUAGGACCACUGAAACAGACCAAGUCUCUUCACCACUGUGCUCUUUGUCUGUGCACAAAAUGUACUUGUUGCCUUUCUACUACAACUAUGUGGAAGAGGGUGUGGCGUCAUGAUGUAUCUAGCUCUUUGUAAAUGUUUAUUUAUAAUAGUUUGGCCUCUUACUGAUACCCAAUCUCCUGGUAAUUGGUGGACACCUACUUAUAGUCAAUGUUGGGAUUUUUAAGUCUGCUUACAUGGUGAAACAGACUACCUUCAUGCCUAUUUUGUUGUACUUUUCAGUUUAAUGUUGUAAAUAUUUUAAGUUUCUUUCAUGUUGACUUGUAUUUCUUGUGUGUGUUUACAUGAAAUGCUGGCUCCAGCAUUAUUUUUAAUUUCUGAACUUGAACUUUCUAUUUAUGAUUGCCUUAAUAAAUAUG